AUGGCGGGGAGCACGGACCUGACGAAGCAAGGCGUUGUUGGAAGAUCCGUCGCAGACGAUUCUCAUGGCGAUGAACUAAGAACCAGGCUCGUGGACCGUCGCCGGGCGACGAGGGCGACUGCAGAGCAAACCGCUCGUCUCAUCUCAACUGUUGCCGCACUCAUUUCCUUCCCAACGGCUCAAUCCUUGUGCUCUUUACAAACGAUUGCUCACAAACGAGUGUCUCAUCCUUUCCCACUUCCUCCCUGUCCACAUCUCCCUCCCUUUGUCCCUCCCCUCCCUUCUCACCACCUCUUCCCCUCCCAGCUGCUCAAGUCGUACCGAUUGGGAGCGCUCACGAGCAUUGAGCUGGUCACCAGUGACACCACAGGCCGCUCCUUCCUCCUGGUGUUUGACGAGAAAACGGACAGCUCACAGCCUCAAUGGACCACAAGGACAGUCGAUGACAGGAACCAGCUCGUGUUUCUGCUGCUCAAGAUGUGCAAGGACUACCUAAAAACGCUCCCCAAAGUCAUUGGGCUCGAUGUGGUCGACCUGGCCCUCUGGGCCAAGGUGGGUUGUGGUGGAGUGGGAUGGCUGCAAGGACUACCUAACCCCCACAUCCCCACUCCACCGCCUUGCUGUGCAGAAAAACGCCAAGUCGUUGCCGGGAGGAGCACGGCUGACAGAGGAAGGGGAGGGCGAGGCGGGGUGGGGGUGGAGAGCGAGUCGAUGAUGGCGCAGGACAGCCUGGUGUCCAAGGUGGAGGAGGAGGACAUGGAGGCGCUGCUGGGCACCUAUGUGAUUGGUAUUGACGAGGCAGAGGCGUUCAGUGAGAGGCUGAAGAGGGAGCUGGGGGCAUUGGAGGCGGCUAACGUGCAUGCCAUUCUGGAGAGCGAAGCACUGGUGGAGGAGCCUGGACGAGGCGGCAGGCGAGUUGAGGACAUGGAGAACUGGCUCAACGUGUUCAACGUGAAGCUCAAGCACAUGAGAGAUGAUAUCGAGUCGAAAUGGUGGAAUGAUUGGUCCUCCCUCCUCCCCCUUCCUCACAACCCCCCACCCCCUUCCCUCCCCAUUCUUUCUCCCCCCCCCCCCCCCCCCCCCCCCCCCCCCCCCCCCCCCCCCCCCCCCCCCACCAGAUUGAGGCACAGAACAAACAUGCUGGAAAUUCAGGCAAAGAACAACAAGAAGCUGCAGGAGGAGCUCUUCUUCCUUCCCUGCCUUGCCCUCUCCCCAUGCCCUCACCCUCCCCUACCCCCUCUCCCACACGCCCUCCCUCCCCUUCCCCCACCAGAUCGAGGUGCAGAACAACAUGCUGGAGAUGCAGGCGAAGAACAACAAGAAGCUGCUGGAAGAACUAGAAACGCUUCUGGAGUCGCUCUACAUCCUCCCGCAGUGCAUCCGCUUGCUCUCCUCUUGCUCUCUCCCUCGUCCCCACCAUAUCUCCCUCCCGGUCCCCACCCCCCACACACACAGAUCGAGGCGCAGAACAACAUGCUGGAGAUGCAGGUGAAGAACAACAAGAAGCUGCUAGAGGAGCUGGAAACGCUCCUCGAGUCGCUCUACAUCCCGCCCCACCAUGCCCAACACGCUGGAGGCGUGGGGUGGUUGGUUGACGCGGUUAAGAAGCUGGAGCCCCCGCAGCUGGACCAGAAUUACGUCAACAUGCGCGCGGUGCGGGAGAAGAAGGCCGAACUCGACAGCUUGAAAAAUGGCUUUGUGCGGCGGGCCACUGAUUUCAUCCGCUCCUUCAUCUCCUCCACCGUCGAGGCUGCUGCGAAGUCUCAGAGGGGCCCGCCUGAUCAUAGGGAGCUGCACCGCAGAUGGUCCGCCUACACCCAGCUCAUUCAUUGCCUCAAGGAGUUGGACCCAAAUGUGCUGGACAACAUUCGCCGGACAUACAUCCACUCACUAAACAUGCUGCUCAGGCGCGAGGCUCGUGAGUUCUCCACAGAUCUCCGUGCAUCGGCGCGUGUCUCAGCCAAGACCAGCACAGCCCCUCCCUUCCUCGAGCAGGGCAGUGCCGCCUUGCCGCCUGCUGCUGACUCCCAGGCUGCCAGCGACGCCUUUGCCAAGAUGCUGCGCGCGUUCCUGCCCUUAAUUUCUGAGGAGGGCCUAUUCUUCCAGCAAUUCCUCUGCUUCGCCCCAGCAGCAGACGAAGACGAAGAGCCCAUGUCGGACGAGGAUGCAGCAGCGCUGGCAGCAGCUGCGAAGCAGCUAUUUGAAGGGAUUCACGAGGAUUUUGUUGCCAUGGGGGAAUGGGUAUCCAAGGUGGACCCCCUGCACUGCAUCACUCUCGUGGGGCACACAGAGGCGUCUAGUUUUGAGGCGCCUCAAAACACAGAGGCGUGCACCCACUCGCCCACAAGCUCCCUGCCCUGCCCCCUCCCUCUCCCUCCUGUUCCCCUCACUCACUCCUCCCCUCUCCCCCUUCCCGUCUUCCCCUUCUCCCUUCCCCUCCCUCCAGCGGACGAGGAUGCAGCAGCGCUGGCAGCAGCAGCGGAGCAGCUAUUUGAAGGGAUUCACGAGGAUUUCGUUUCCAUGGUGGAGUGGGUGUUCAAGGUGGACCCUCUGCGCUGCAUCACUCUCGUGGGGCACACAGAAGCCUGGCAGCAGCAGCAGCAACAGCUGCAGUUGCAGCACGGGGCUGACGCAGGGGGGUGCGGUGCGGUUAUUACCAGGAAGCUUCUGCUCGAGCUGGAGACGAGAAUCAGGCAGAAUUUCUUCCGGUACGUGGAGGAGGCUAACGGGCAGAUCGAGCGGUACGACAGGGGCGUGAAGCAGGCGGGCGUGCUGUCCUACGUGCCGCGCUUUGCAGCGCUGGCGGUGCGCAUGGAGGGGCUGGUCAUGGGCUCGUGCAGAGACCUGGUGGACCAGGCCUACAACAAGCUGGUGAGCACCAUGUUCUCCACGCUGGACCGCACAGCUCAGAUCGACCCCAAGCACUGCGACGUGCUCUUUCCACCCCAUAGCCCCCUCUCUGUCGCCCUGCACUCCCUCCCCCUUGACUUCCCCUUCCCCUAA